CUUCUUCCGCAUUUCUGUCUUGUUUACAUGACGUUUAGCUUAGCUUAGCUUAGCUUAAAACCGUAUGGUCAGUUUGGUGUUCUAUGAAGAUGACUGACCAGAAAGCAGAGAAUAUCAGCUCGAUCCCCAUCGACGGCUUUAGUAAUUUAAGAAUAACGUCGAUAUGGACCUUUAUCAUGUCUGUGCAGUGGUCAGAGCCUUGGCUCAUCGGGCUCUUGCUGUUUCAUGUUGUGUGUUUGUUCCUGACUGUGGUAACCUGCAGGUUUUACAGAGCUCAGAUCUGCCACUUCUUGCUCAUUGUUGGCCUGGUUUAUACUGCUGAAUAUCUAAAUGAGUUUGCAGCCAUGAACUGGAGGUCUUUCUCUCAGUUUCAGUACUUUGACUCCAAGGGCAUGUUCAUCUCAUUGGUUUACUCAAUUCCUCUUCUUCUCAACGCAGUCAUUAUUGUGAUGGUGUGGGUACACAGGACCUUUUCCACCAUGACUGAACUAAAGACGCUUCAGCUGAAGAGAAAGGCCCGCAGAGAGAAGAGAGAGAAGACUGACUGAUCUCUCUUCUUAUGUCCAUACAUGGGCCUCAUUUGGAGGAAUUUCGACUCACCUCUGCUAAUCCCGAAUUUUGGAAAAGGAAAGCGGAUUCCUUCUUGUGACUUGAAAAGAGUUGUUCAUUCAUGUCGAUAAUGUCAGGAAUGGAAGAUCUUUUUCUGGCAAUGAUUGUUGAACAAUGCUGAUGUUGCACUCUGUGGAGACCAAAAUAUAUGUAUUGUUUUGUAAUUAAACUUGUUUUUAAGUGUGUAGAAAUGCAAGAUAAACUUUUUUUUUUAAACAACUUUGGAAAUAAGUUUUGAAACUGUAAAAUGCAAAUCAACUCAAACUGUUUGAUUGGGGUAUGAGUCUGAGAUUCAACCAUUUGAUUUGUUUCCAUUUGUGGAAAUAAAUGUGUAAAGCUGAAACAGAACAUGCCACAGAAAUAUACUAUUAAAAUUACUACAAUUUUGAAAACA